UAAUCUUCAAAUUGUGCUUGCAAGGAUCCAUCUCUUUAACCCUUUUUCGAAGUGAAGACAGAUGGAGAUAAACUUGGGAAAUUGUGAUGGGAAUUUAAUUGAAGUGUUUGGUUUCUUUUAGAUUCGACACGUUUUUUCCAAGGAAAUAAGUGCUUUACCACAGAAUAGCUACAGGGAUAGUCACUUUUGUCGUUUUCGGUAUUAAAGGUACAAAAUAAAUGUGCGCUCUGAAGAGUAGCGUACCUGAUGAUAAUCCCAUUAAUCUACAUUGAAAGCCUAUUAAUUACCUUCAGGCGCGGCUGCCUUUGAGCGUCACGUGGCUGCAACACGGAUGCCCAGAACCGGGGCUGCGCGAGCCGGAGGCACCCAGGACGCGACAUGGGACGAUUCAAAUACUUAUAGAGAGUGUUGAUGGAGAGGACUUCGAAUGUCAGCCGGGACAGUGGUUAUCUGUGGUGGAAUUCUAGCUACAGUCAUCUUACUGACUAUCGUUGCAGUACUGUGCUACUGUAGGUUGCAGUAUUAUUGCUGUAAGAGGGAGGAGCCAGAGAUGGAGGAGGAGGAGCAACCGGACCUCGCCAUCAUGUCCUCUCUCCCCACACCAGUGCACACGGCUGAUGACCAGGACAUGAUGGCCACGCCCCCCUCUGAGCCCAACGGGCCCACCUUUGUCUACACUCCUUCCCUGAUCCGCAAACCAAUGACACGCUCCCAUAGGUUUUGCCCAUCCUGCACUCGCUAUUCCCUGCCCUUCUACCUGCAGCACUCCUCUGAGAGACUGCAUAACGGUGACGGCCGCAUCAGCUACAGGACUGUGCAGCAGCAGGAGCUGGACCUGCCAAUGGACCUGGCCAGCUUCAACCACAAGCUCAACCUCAUCCGCUCUGUCACCAUGAGGGAGGUGGUCACCCACAGCCAUGGUGUCAGCACCGAUGUGUAGCCCCAUGGUGGCUGGGAGGACUAAUGUCAGGGACCUGACGAGGCUGAAGGGAAUUUUAUUGCACUCUUACUUACUGUAGAUAUUUUCCACCUCACCAAACUGAUGGAUACGUUCACUCGCUCACAUGAUGUAGAGAGGUUUUUUGGUGUCAUAUGCAGAUGUGUCAUAUGCAGAUGUAUGGACACCUACUCCUGAAUUCACAUGAACAGUUUUUUUAAAGGGCUUAAUAUCAUAGGCAUAUAGGAUCUGUGAUUAUGAGGGAGAAAUUUUUUCUCAAGAGAAGCUUAAGCAGGCAGAUUAAUAACUUUGGUACUGUGUAUGUUGUGUGAUACCUGUACUGUACAUUCUCUUGGGUUUUAUGCAGGUGAUGAUACAUAAGCUACAGUAAGCUGCUAAAAUAAGUCCAGAACCCUAAGUAAUAUUUUAGUCCCACUAGAGUAGACAGAAAAGGACCUGAUUCCCCAAUCGCCUGAAGUGUUUUGGUUAAAGUUCUGAAUGUCCUCUUAACAGCUUCUUAAUAGAGUGUGGAAACUGAACUAUUUUAAGAGCUAAUUUGGUGACAAUUUAAAGGGAAAAUAUGCUUAAAUAUGUAUUUGAAGGGAUUUUCAUGUCGUUCAUUGUCAAGUCAUAUACUUCAAGUUCCACAAUACAUUUGACAUACGUCAAUUGAGUUGGUUUCUCCAGUAAUGUCUGUAAUGUUCACUUGGCAAGUAUGGGUGGCCCUUUUUGAUUUGCGAAGAAACGUAACAUGGCAUGUCUUGUUUGCUUUAACAGGGUUUUGUCUUCUUAGUGUAUAGGAUAUUUGUUUGUUAUUUCAGCAGUAAAUGUGAGAAGGAAAACGACACACAGAAACCAGCAGGUGGCAUCAGGUCCUAAUCCAUGCUUUUCCCAUUAUAGAUACUACUACUUUGGAUGAACCAUAUGUGAAAUAGUGUCAACAAUAAACUGUUGGAAAAAUAA